AAUUAUAGAGUCACAAAACCAUUGUACUCUGUUUUGCUGAUUUACAAAACCGAAAUCAAUCGAACCCUAGCAACUCACCAUGGUCGACGAAGGUAUCGUCGCGCCAUUGGUGGGCGCCCUCCAAGCCUACAUCUCCGUCCUGCUCACCAUGAGCUACGGCGUUGCAACGCAAAGAUUACGGUUAAUUCAAGAGUCCUCAAUUAACGAUAUGGCUAGAUUGGGAGUCAAGCUGUUCCUCCCAGCGUUGAUCAUUAUCAACCUGCGUGAACAACUGCAUCUCAUGAAUGCGUUGAAUUAUAUUCCCGUGUUAGUGUGGUCCAUUAUUUACACCUGUGCCUCGAUCGGUCUGGCGUAUUUUGUCUCCAAAGGAUUGAAACUCCCGCCCUGGGUGACACCUGCUUGCGCAUUCAACAACACGACCUCUCUACCGCUACCCUUGCUGCAGUCGCUAGGAAGCAGCCACUUACUCCUCUGCGCCAUGAUCAGUAAAACGAUCGGCUCCGCCGUCGGUCCCAAGUUGCUGCAGGAGGGCGACGACCCAGAGACUCAAGAAGCGAACAAGACAGACCCAGAAAUACAGGAUGGUACCACUGAGCAUGAUCACAUCGACGAAGAGAAUCCUCUCCUCCCACAACGAGCGCAAAGGGCACGCCGCAGCAUCUCGAGCAGCAUCAAGCAAGGGGCCCGGCGUACCUCAUCCGUGCUCCCCAAGCACGUUAGGCAGCGACUCAUGGCCCCGUUCGAGUCCCCGUUGGCCGAUGUGGCUAUUACCUGCACCGUUAUCGGCGCGCUUAUUGGGCUUCUGCCGCAGAUUCUCAACGCCUGGUUGACGUUGAGUAUCCAAAAUAUGGGCAAACUGUUCACCACGUUUCAGAUCUUUGUCGUGGGGUGGAAGCUAGGGUAUGCCCUCAAGGCGAUCGUAACGAUCUUUCCCGUUCGGUUGGUGAUCUGGCCUGCACUCGGCAUCUCCGUUAUAUAUAGCUUGGCUAGGAGGACAAACCAUCGUCCUCACUGA